CGUUAAGUAUUAUCGCCCGACACAGAAAGCAGAACGGCCCAAAGCCGAAGGACAGUCAUCACUGCGGUCCGUCAUAUUUCCCCUCGAACUCCAAUCGCAAACCCUCGCCAUUCACAGUUCCAUUUGAGCACGAAGUCAUCGAAGACGAUCUUCCGCUCUGCACAAGCGGCAAAAUCGCACUCCAAAACUGCCAAUCAAAUAUUAUUUAUAUAAGUGAGGACCAGCUUCUCGUAAUUUGAAAUGGCUGACGUCUCCGACGAGGCCAAAACCAUCGAGCUGCUCUACGAGUACGGCGAGCGGCUCAACAGCGCCAAAGACAAGUCUCAGCAUGUAGAGGACUACCGGAGUAUAAUCAAGGCGGCGAAAAGCGAGAGCGUCAAGGCGAAGCAGUUAGCAGCUCAGCUCAUUCCCAGGUUCUUCAAGUUCUUCCCUGAACUCUCCGCCUCCGCCGUUGAUUCUCAUCUCGAUUUGUGCGAAGAAGAGGAGCUUGGGGUUAGUGUGCAGGCAAUUCGUGGACUCCCUCUUUUCUGCAAGGAUACGCCAGAGCAUCUCUCUAAAAUUGUAGACAUUCUUGUACAACUCCUUGCAGCUGAAGAAAACGUGGAGCGCGAUGCAGUGCAUAAAGCCCUUUUGUCGUUAUUGAGGCAGGAUGUGAAAGCAUCUUUGACUGCCUUAUUUAAGCACAUUGAGAGCAUUGAUGAUUCAAGUACAGAUGAAAAUAUUCGUGAGAGGACUCUCUGCUUUAUUAGAGAUAAGGUUUUCCCUCUUAAGACAGAGAUCUUGAAGCCUCAGGAGCAAAUGGAGAGGCAUAUAACUGAAUUGAUAAAGAAAAGUUUGCAAGAUGUGACUGGAGCAGAGUUUAAAAUGUUCAUGGAUUUUUUGAGAAGUUUGAGUAUAUUUGGAGAGAGAGCUCCUCCGGAGCGUGUUCAAGAACUCAUUGGAAUUAUUGAAGGGCAAGCCGAUCUAGAUGCACAGUUCAAUGUUUCAGAUGGUGACCAUAUUGAUAGAUUGAUAUCAUGUUUGUUCAUGGCUCUUCCUUUCUUUAUGCAGGGUGCAUCCAAUAGCAAAUUUCUCAACUAUUUGAACAAGCACAUUUUGCCUAUUUUUGACAAGCUUCCUGAAGAACGCAAAGUAGACUUGCUGAAGAACCUUGCAGAAAGUUCUCCUUACACCACCCCUCAAGAUUCACGACAGAUUCUACCCUCCGUUGUUCAGCUAUUAAAGAAAUACAUGCCUCGGAGAAAGUCUGGAGAAGAGACAAACUUUACUUAUGUGGAGUGCUUGUUGUACACAUUUCACCAUUUAGCUUACAAGGCUCCAAAUGCGACUAAUAGUUUAUGUGGUUACAAGAUUGUGACUGGACAACCAUCAGAUAGACUUGGGGAAGACUUCUCAGAAAAUUACAAAGAUUUCACAGAAAGGCUAAAUAGCGUUGAAGAGUUAGCUAGGGCUACCAUCAAGAAAUUGACUCAAGGUAUGGCCGAGCACAACAAAGGAAUGGCUACUGCUAAAUCUGACGAAGCAAAGGCUAGCAUUAGAGCUCAGAAGCAGAAUACUACCACUGGAUUGCGAACUUGCAAUAACAUUUUAGCGAUGACACAGCUCCUACAUUCAAAAUCCCCUUCGUUCAUUGGUGACAAGAGAAUCAACCUUUCCUGGAAAGAAGCAGCAAAAGCUUCAGCACCUUCAACCGCUACUACUGCUGGGGGGAAACGUCCUGCUGCUAAUGAUUCAAAAAACAAUGCAUCAAAGAAAGGUCGUGGGGCUGGUGGCUUGCAGAACCAGCUUGUUAACAGGGCGUUUGGCGGUCUAUCAUAUGGCGGAAGAGGCGGCAAAAGGGGCAGAGGCCGGGGCUGGGGCGCCGGACGUGGGAGAGGAAGAGGUUACUAGUAGCUUUGAUUCAAUACAGACGACAUUCACAGAAGAGGGGAAUUUGGUUGAGUGGUUUAAGGUAGCAGAGCCAGCGAGUCAUGUAAUGUAUCUUAAUCACUAUAAUACUGUAUCAAAUUUUGUUGAGUUAGUAGAGUAGAUAAAGUUAUACCUCGUCAAUGGAAUUUGUCUGAUUUGAGUUGUUUUGUAUUCACUGGUUGGAGCUUUCUUUUUUAUUGAAAAACAACAAUUAAUUUCCA